AUGGCGAAGUCUCUAGUCGGAAAGAAUGCUGUGGUCACUGGCGGCUCACGUGGUAUCGGUGCCGCUGUCGCCAUCGAACUCGCUGCACGAGGAGCGUCAGUCUUGAUCACCUACGUGUCGUCAGCUAGGGCGGCAGAAAGCAUAGCCAGAAAAAUCGAGAGCCAAAGUUCAGACGUCAGCGGGUUUGCGCUACAGGCAGACAGCUCUAAAUCUAUGGAUGCGGCUGUCAGCGUGGCAGCCGAGUGCAGAAAACGAUUUCCCGACGGCAUUGACAUAAUAGUCAACAAUGCAGCAGAUGGUUCUGAUGUAGACUUGAAGAACCUGACACCGCAAAAUUUCGACAGCACCUUCCAUACCAAUUUGCUAUUUCCUUUGCUUCUUGUGCAGCAGGUUCGGUCGCAAAUUAGAAGGCAAGCAAGAAUUGUCAACAUUAGCUCUACGUCAGCACGGCGAGGGUUUCCAUCGGCAAUAACAUACGCCGCAUCUAAAGCUGCCUUGGAAAGUGUCACAAGAUCAUUGGCGAAAGAACUCGGUCGCGAGCUCGAUUGCACUGUCAAUGCGGUUAAUCCCGGACCGGUUAAUACUGAUAUGUGGAACGAGACUGAGGGGCUCGAAAUGAAUGCCAUUACACAAAGAAUCGUCUCUGAGACGGCUGCGGCAGGACGCAUUGGCGAGACAAGUGACAUUGCACCAAUAGUCGCCUUUUUAUGCGAGGAACAGUCCAGGUGGAUAACUGGAAGCGUUGCAAGAACCUGA